AUGCCUCCAAACAUCCUCAUCACGGGCGCCUCGGGCUAUCUUGGCGGCACCAUCCUUGCCAGAUGGAGCAGCGCCAACCUCCAAGGCUACGACAAGCUGUUCGCGCUUGUCCGGACCGAUGCCCAAGCGGAAGCAGUCAAGCGAUAUGGCGCGCAGCCUUUGACCUUCAAUUCCCGCGACGAGGCCGCCGUGAUGGAGGCAGUCGCAGCCAACGACAUCAGCAUCGUCUAUUUCCUGAUCGACGCACUUCACUCCGACUCGCAAGUCUUCUUCGUCAAGGCGCUCGGGCAGCUCAAGAAGAAGACCGGCCAGGAGGUGCAUUUCCUGCAUACUUCCGGCGCCAAGAUCUUCUCCAGCCACGCCGGCGCCCCGACCGACCGUCCGCUCCUCGACACAGAACCGGCCCUGUACGACAUCCAGAAGGCCCAAAAAGCCGCGUCGCCCUUGAUGCAAGAGGCGGUCGACACGAACUCCACGGUCAUUGAGCAAGGCGAAGCGCACGGCGUCAGGACGUACAUCUUCGUCCCUUGCGUCGUCUAUGGCCCAGGCGAAGGCUUCGGGAACAAAACCUCCAUCCAAACGGUCGCGGUCGUGCAGGCGGCGAAAGCAGCGGGCCAGGUGUACAAGGUCACGCCUGGGCGACCGACGUGGCCGGUGUGCCACGUGCUCGACAACACCGACCUGUUCCUCGCGAUCCUGAGGGCGAUCCUAGACGGCGAGAGCCCCGGCCACGGGAAACGCGGCUACUACCUCGCGGCGUCGGGGAGCGUGGCGUGGGACGACCUCUACGCCGCCAUGGCCGCGGCCCUCGCGAGGCGCGGCGUCGUCGGGAGCGACGCCGUCGGCGCGGCUGACGACGCGGCGCUGGAGAGGAUGGCGGCGGGCUUGGGGUGUCCGAAGGAGUUUGUCGAGGUGCAGCUUGCUGGAGCGUGA